AUGGCAGAAACUAAUUUCACUGUUGAGGAACCUAUCGCUCCAUCUGUCAACAUAAAAUUUACAAAGCUCUUUAUCAAUGGAGAGUUUGUUGAUGCAGCAUCAGGAAAAACUUUUUCUACACUGGAUCCCCGUACGGAAAAAGUGAUUGCCGAUGUUGCCGAAGGUGAUACAGCAGAUAUUAACAAAGCAGUCGCUGCUGCUCGCAGGGCAUUCGACCAAGGACCAUGGCCGAAGAUGACGGCUUAUAAAAGAUCGCGGAUAUUAAACCGUUGUGCUGAUAUGCUAGAAAAAUACAAUGACGAAAUCUCAGCCAUUGAAGCAUGGGAUGGUGGAAAGAUUUAUGAUCAAGUUGCUGGCUAUGAAAUACCUAUGGUUGUUCGCAUCAUAAGAUACUAUGUCGGUUGGGCGGAUAAAAUCCAUGGCUUAACUAUUCCGGCUGACGGACCACACCAAGUCCAGACUCUUCAUGAACCGAUUGGUGUUGUUG